CUUAGUCUUUUAUCAUUUCAUAAAAUAACAAAAAAAAUAAAGAGAAGAAGAUGAUGGAGAUCAACAAGUUCAUCCUCCUUCUCCUCCUCAUCUACUCUUCUCUUAUCUCAUCCUUUGCAGACGGCCAAGGUGCUGCUCCUGCUCCAUCUCCAGUGAUCUCUACAAUAUCCUCGUCCCCUGAGCAAUCCCCAUCUCCCGCUGCCUCCACACCAUCCGAUUCUCCAUCAUCCUUGUUUUCUUCAUCUUUGUUUGCACCUUCUGAUGAUUCAAAAUCCACAGAUGCCCCCGCUGAAGCCCCAUUGCCUCCGACCACUGCUACAAGUCAGCUCCCAAAGGAGGCUGCAGGUGAUUCUUCAAAAGGCUUGCCCUUGCUAUUUCCAAUCCUUAAACCAUUGUCUGCAGCCGGUCCUGUCGUGAAGAAGAUAUGUGACUCAACCGAUCACCCAACGGAAUGUCUUGCCUCCGUCAUUCCUUUCCAUAAAGGAGAAUCCGAUCCCGUUUCGGUCCUGAAAAUGGAAAUGCAAGCUCUCCGUGAAGGUUUGAAAAAAGCCAUCGCCAAGGCCACAGCAAUGAACGAUGAUCCGUCUGUGUCAAUUGACCUUAAAAGUUGCCUAGACACAUGUCUUGAGACAUAUGACAGUGCACUUUACGACCUCGACGAUGCCUUUGAAUCUAUCGCCGCUCAUGACAUGGCGAGGCUUAAAACCGUCCUUAGCGCCUCUGUAACAGAUAUUGGAACUUGCGAGGAAGCAUUCUCUGAGGAAGGCAAUGGAGAAGAUUCCCCAAUGAAGGAUUUUGACGAUGAGUUGACGAAGAUAGCUAGCAACAACUUGGCCAUUGCUACUGCAUUGCUCCGCUAGAUAUAUCAAUCAGAUAAUCAUAAUUAUUAUAUAUAUUAGUUAAUCACGCAUUAAUCAUUACAACGAGGCCCCCAAGUGUUUAAUUUAGAGACAGUAAGGAAGAUUCAUUUAGUUUGAGCAUUUAUCUUUUGGUGCGGUAGCAUUUAAUUAACUUCAUCUAUAUGGAAUUAUCAUAAACUUUAGCUCCAACACAAGUGCAGUAGAAUACUUCUAGAUGUGUGAGUGUCAAGAAAGUAAUAUUCCUUGUCGUAUGUAUAAUCAAGGUGAUAUUUCUUGUCAAAUGUAUAAUAAACUUAUUUAUACACCCAUUUUUUC